CGGAAGAUGCAUCCACUGAAAGAGUUGAUCGAAAGGAUUCAACCGUAGAUAUUUGGUUUGACAUCUUUCUUUAUCUUCCUCUUAGUGAAAUCUUCAAAUUCAGGUGUUUGUCAAAGGUAUGGUUUUCCAUACUCUCAAACUCUAAUUUCAUUAACAAGUGGUAUAAACUCAAUAAUUUAUCACUCCCAUGGGGAUUCGUUCAUUAUACUGCUGGUUCAGUAGGAGAUCAUUCCCAAGACAACAACAAAUUGAAAAGAUUUUUUGCAAUUCAUAUCCUGAUUCCCAUUCGAAGUUUGCAUCUCAUCAUCAAACUGGGUUUUGUUUUAGCUUUCUAAAUCCAAUUUACCCACAUAGUACUGAUCAAGAAAGGAUGAACCUAUUCAUUUUAGGUUCAAGCAGUAGUUUAGUUUUGUGCACGACAUGCCAUUAUAAUUCGACUACUUAUUAUGUUUGUAAUCCACUGACAAAGAAAUGUGUUUCGCUUCCUCCACCACCACCUAGAGAAAAUAAUCUGGUUGCGGCUACUUUUAUAUGUGAUGAAUCGUUUUCAGAAUCUACAAGUUAUAAGGUUAUCCGUAUACCGAAGUUUCAAACUGAAGCUGCAAUAAAAGAAUUGAAAGUUGACAUAUUUUUUUCUGAUGUGGGCGAAUGGAAUGUUUAUAAUAUGUCAUGCCCUGCAUAUGUUACUUGGAAGUACACAUCUUCUCACAAUUAUUUUACCCAUAAUGGUGUUUUAUACUGGUUUCCAAUGCAUAUCAACAAAAUUAUAGCUGUUAAUAUUAACCGAAACACCAGCCACGGAACAUGCGGGAAUGAAUGCAGGUUGAUCAAUAUACCUGAACAAGUAAUGGAUGAUUGUGUCUAUUCAAGUCGACAUGUCGGGGAAUCGGAAGGAUUGAUUUGUUUGGAUAGGUUCAAUAACGCAGAGAGGAGUUUGAGUGUUUGGGUGCUUGAUGCCGGAGACUGGUAUAUGUUGCACAAGGAUAUUAAACUUCAUGAAUGGUUAGCAAAAAUUGAAUCUCAGUUGAUUAAUGACUUACGUGGAGAUGAUUUGGCUAGCGAAAUUCAGGUUGUAAGUUUCAGUCCGGUUGACAAAAAUGUGGUUAUACUUGGUUACGGGGAGUAUGUUUGGGCAUAUAACACCAAAACCAGGGUAUAUGAACAGCUCUGGGAUCCUUAUUUCCCCCGCGAAAAUCUUCAAUUUUUUCCAUAUCGUCUGGGGACCUUAGCAGUUAUUAUAAAGCCAAGGCCGACAAUACUUCCGAUGCUCAAACUCAAAUAUGAUCAUAGAACUUAAAGGUUGGUCAAUUUGUCUUGUGGAAAGUCCAUGACAGACCUUUUACUAAUGGAGGUGGAUAUACUUGUGCUUCCACAUGAUAGUAAAAAUAUCAUUGAUUCGUGAGGGUAAGUAGAAGAGUGGAUAGACUUUAACAUUUAAGAUACUAUAUACAACGUGGUUGCUAACCACUAUUAUGGAUUUUUUUAGACCAGCAGUCCACUUUUCAGGAUUUUCCUUUUCAGUUUUUAAGCAUAAGAUGGUGACG